AUGUCCUCUCUCGCACACCCUGCCUUCCCCGCCUCCGCCGCCUUCGACGCCAUCAACGCGGCCAUCAACUCCGACCCAGCCGACCGGGACGAUGCCAUCAAGUCCGCAAAAUCCGUCUUUUCCUUCACCCUGACGAACGAGAAGGGCGCGACGGAGAGCUGGUACAUCGACCUGAAAGACAAGGGCGUCGUCGGCAAGGGUGCGGCGCCUGCGGGCGGGAAAGCUGAUGUCACCCUCCAACUCUCCGAUGCCGACUUCGCCUCCCUUGUUAGCGGUAAAGCGAAUGCCCAGCGCCUCUUCAUGGCGGGCAAGUUGAAGAUCAAGGGCAAUGUCAUGAAGGCGACGAAGAUGGAGCCGAUCCUCAAGAAGGCCCAGGGCAAGGCUAAGCUGUAG